GCUUCCCCUCCGGUUUUCGGAUAUUGAGGGUCAGAUCCGACCCCUCCUUCCUCCUCUCGCUCAUGGCGCUUGCGAUCCCGCAUCGCAGCGUGGAGGCAGGGCUAUUAGCCAUGCGGGAUCACUUCCUGGAAUGCCUACAAGAUGUUGCCAUGCUGGGGCGCAAGGUCGUCAACCUGCUCGAGGAGCUCCAGGACUUGGAGACGAGGGACACCGCGCCGCUGGUCUUCGGCCUGGGCUUCGCCGGGUGUUCCAUGGCGGUUUGCGCCUCGCUGCACACUUGGCCCAGUCUGCUCUCCUUUCAGGGCUCCAGUCCUCUGGUGGCGGCGGGGGGCCUUUUGGCCACCACCGCCUUCCUGCACUGCCAGGUGGUGGUGGUCCGCUGUGGAAGACUUACGGGCACCUGGCGGUCAUGCCAGCCUUGCUGCAUUUCGCGCUGGUGCCGCUGCCUGUGGGCAAAGUGCUGCUCUGGAUAAACAACGUGGGGCUCCUGUUCGCGCAGUCCAUGUUUAGGAGGGCCAUCCUGCGGGCACGGGGCGGCUUCAUCCAGCAUUCGGCGCAGG